AUGGCUGGCGUGGAGCUGUUCUCGCAUCCCGCGCUUCACACGCGCUACCGGGCCGGGCUCUGUUCCGCCGCGGCGCUAGCGCUGGGGCUCAUCACGGUGCUCACCUAUGUGCCGCCACUACUGGUGGCCUACCGGAGCCACGGUUUCUGGUUAAAGCAGAGCACGUACCUGGAGCAACCCACUGUGUGGUUCCGGUACGAGCUGCUCUUCGUGGCCACCACGGGGCCCGGCCCGGGCAACUUCUUGGCGUGGAGCACGUUCCCAGCAUUCAACAGGCUCCAGGACGACCGGCUACGAGUCCCAUUUUUGUCGGCUAGAGAAGAAGACAAAAAUCAAGAUGGCAAAAUGGAUCAGCUGCAUUUUAAAUUGGAACUUCCACUACAACCCACAGAACAUGUAGUUGGUGUUCAUCUGAUUCUACUCUUUUCCUACCAGCUUUAUAGAAUGUCAACAUUUGUGAUGCAGAGCAUGGGUUUUCUUCAGUUUUUUUCUCCUGUGCCAGGGUCUCAACUCUACGUAAAUGGAGACCUGAAAUUGAAGCAGAGGCAACUACUUAACCAUUGUGGACUGGAUACCAGAUACAAUGUGUCUGUGAUCAAUGGCACAAGUCCUUUUGCGAGUGACUAUGAUCUAACAAACAUCAUUGCAGCAUAUCAGGAUAGAAAUGUGACAACAGUCUUUUCAGAUCUCAACCCUGUUUGGAUGACUGGAAGAGCAACAGAUACACCAUUUAUCAUUAAUGCCACUAUUCGUUACCCAGUGGAAGUUAUCUUAUAUCAGCCAGGAUUUUGGGAAAUUAUUAAAUUUGCCUGGAUCCAGUAUGUCAGCAUUCUCCUUAUUUUUCUUUGGGCAUUUGGUAGGAUUAAAAUGUUUGUGUUUCAGAAUCAGGUGUUGACUACAACUCCAAUAUUGCCAGUGUCUCCUGUACUGUCCUACAAACAACACCAGUCCUGA